AUGGAGCCCAAGCAGAGAGCCGCCUUCUACCGCAAGGUCUCCCAGGCCAAGAUGGAGUUUGACGACAUCUCCAUGCCCUCCGAUGGCUCAACCACCCCCAGCUCGCCCGACCUGGCCUCGGACAGCUCCCGUGCCGUCAGCGUCUCGAGCAUCCCCACGCCCAACUCCCCCGUCGACCCGGCCUCCGUCGCCGACUCCUUCGUCUUUGCCUUUGACAUUGACGGCGUCCUCGUCCGCGGCGGCGAGGCCAUCCCCGAGGCCAUCCAGGCCAUGCGGGUCCUCAACGGCGAGAACGAGUUCGGCCUCCAUAUUCCUCACAUCUUCCUCACAAACGGCGGCGGCAAGACCGAGGAGGAGCGCUGCGGCGACCUGUCUCGCCAGCUCCUCCAGGACAUCAAGCCCGGCCAGUUCAUCUGCGGCCACACGCCCAUGAGGGAAAUGGCCAACAAGUACAAGACGGUCCUCGUCGUCGGCGGCGAGGGCGAGAAGUGCCGCCACGUCGCCGAGGGCUACGGCUUCAAGGACGUGGUCACGCCCGGCGACAUCAUCAAGGCCGACUCGGCCACCACGCCCUUCCGCAAGCUCACCGACGAGGAGCACGCCAACUCGCGCGACCGCAACUUCGACGACGUCGUCAUCGACGCCGUCUUCGUCUUCGCCGACUCGCGCGACUGGGCCGGCGACAUCCAGAUCAUGCUCGACCUCGCCAUGUCCAAGGGCGGCCGCCUCGGCACCCGCAGCGAGACCAUGGACGAGGGCCCGCCCUUCUACUUCUCCCACAACGACGUCGUCUGGUCCGCCGCCCACGAGCACGUCCGCCUCGGCAUGGGCGCCCUCCGCCGCAUGUUCGAGGUCACCUUCAAGGACCUCACGGCCGGCAAGGGCAAGCUGCACACGCACGCCUUCGGCAAGCCCCAGGUGCCCACCUUUGAGUUUGCCUACCGCCUCAUGAGCCAGUGGCGCAACGACGAGCACGGCCUCGAGCGCCCUCCCCAGACCGUCUACUUUGUCGGCGACACCCCUGAGAGCGACAUCCGCGGCACCAACGCCGUCAACGAAAAGGCCGAGAACGACUGGUACAGCAUCCUCGUCAAGACGGGUGUCUACCAGGACGGCACCGAGCCCGCCUACAAGCCUCGCGUCACCGUCAACAACGUCCUCGACGCUGUCAACCACGGCAUCCAGCGCGAGAUGCGCAAGAAGGUCGUCUCGUCGCUCAAGAAGGACGUCAUCGGCCUCCCCGAGGGCGCCAGCACCGACGCCAUGAUUGUGGACGCUGAAGAUGCCAUCACGGCAUAA